AUGGAGCGUUUUACUCACCAGCUAUGUGAGUUACUAUUACGACCUUCCAGCACAGCAAAAUAGAUAGUCGAUAGUAGAGAUACGUGCUUCCAAUAUACAUGUUGAUGUUUCUGUUCGGUUUUCAUGGAGUAAUGUUGUCCUUUCGCGCAUGUCCAGUGAUGCGAGGGUAAAAUACAAACAUCGAUAUAAACGGGGACUCAAUCACCAAUACCGAUCAGAUGUUGUGCAAUAUUGGAAAUUAUAGUUCGAAUGAAUGCUCCAGUGGAUAUGUUGCAGUUAUAGAGAGAAGAAAUCUCAUUUAAAAACGCUGCAAAGCACCGCUUAGCUAUUUAUACUGAGUUUGACACUGUAUGUGCAUUGGGGAAAGGUGUGUUUCAUUGUUAAUGUGAGCCAGGGGCAUUAUGGACGGAGUCUAGUUCGAAAUUAAACUUCGUAAUUACACUCAUCGUCCCUGUAAACAAUUGGUGAAAGGCGUUGUCCAUCUUUUGCAUCGAUGCAGUGAAGAGAGUGUAACUUAAUUUGCUUUUUUAAUUAGACGCGAAGGCAGAGAGGUUUAAGAAUGAAUUCUAUGGCUAAUUGGCAAGCGAACGGGAUUAUAUUUUUGGCUAUUGUUGGGUUGUCGGCUGGACUAGACUGUAUCGAAUGUUCUUGGAACCGAGAAAAUGGGACUGUAGAAGACGGGUGUCUUGCAGCUCCCUACCGGGCGCCAUCCCAGCCGUGUAAUACCUCCACCGACUCAGGACAAAAACAUUUCUGUCAGACACAUGCAAAGUUUGAAGUUAAAAGCGGUGUCAUGAGUCUGACGUCACUGGAUCGACUGUGUGACGUCAAACAUUCCCGAUGCGACAACGAGUGUUCGGACAAGAGCAUAGACUGCUGGUCGUGUUGCCUUGACUACAACAACUGCAAUAGUUUUCCCGUGAGUGUGAACAUAGUGUUCACCAGCGUCUCCUCCGCUAGGCGACCGGAAGCGAUAAUGACGCUCGCGUUAUCGGCAACAGUCUUGUCCGCGUUAUCUACCAUUCUCAGGUUAACCAAUGAUGUUGAUGCAAUUUAGUAAAAAGAAUAGUUGCUCUGCUUAAUGUUAAAGGAACUCUCUCAUGAUUUCAAAGCACAUGCAAAAUAAUAUUAUUGCUCUGUGUCAUGUGAAAAUAUCAACUGCUUAUGACAAUGGUAAUAUAAUAGUUUUUAAUAGUUCUUGGAGUCAUAAUUAAAGGAAAUACAUGUAUGAUAGAAAAUGCUUCCUUAAGCUAGUGUAACGCUUUUAAAUAUGAAACGAUUUUAGGCUUGAAUUGACGAAUCUAUGUUAAAAUAAUAUUCUGUAAGUUUAUGGUUGGUGUUUGUUUUUUUGAAUUUCUGUUUUUAAAAUAAAAUUAGUCGUCGACAUGAAAUCUAUGAGAGAGUUUGUCAAAAUGUUCAUCAUGUUGUUUUUUAAAUGCCGCGCUUUGAUUGCAUUACGAAUAGCAGAACUUGGAUUGAAUAGUGACUUCGAUAACUUGUUUUGACUGGAUAGUGACCUCAUUGCAGAACUUGGAUUGGAUAUUGUCUUCGAUUAUUUGAUUUGAUUGGAUAGUUACAUUAAGAAUUGCAGAACUUCGAUUGGAUAUUUUCUUCGAUUGUAUAGUGACAUCAAGAAUUGAAGAACUUUGAUUGGAUAGUGACGUCAAGACUUGCAGAACAUUGAUUGGAUAGUGUCUUCGAUAAUUUGAUUUGAUUGGAUAAUGACUUCAUUGCAGAACUUUGAUUUUUUAACGGUUAUUAAACAUUGCAUUCUCCAUUUUUUUAAAUGAAUCUAAACAUUAUCAAAGGCUAUACACCUUAAGCAAUAGUAUGUUGAAAUAUACAUUAGUGAAGUGUUAAAUAGUUGCUGAUUUUAGAGAUGUAAAGAUGUGAAUUGAACAGUGUUAGGAAAUUUCGUCCUUUUGAGAUAUUUUUGCAUUGAACUAACCUUAUUAGUUGAACGAUUAAGUAAUAAAGGGUCGAAAAGGGCAAUUCCGCUUGACAAAUUUGCUUGCAGGCUUUUAUCAAAGGGCAAAUAAUUAUAUCAUUAUAAAUACCAAAUACCCGCUAUUUGAGUGGUGAUACUGUCAAGCAUAAUGAUACUUUAACAUAAAUUAAUUUAAACUAUACACAAUGACCGCUCGGCUUGCUGCGCGCGCUUAACAAUGAACGUAUCUCAUUCGGAACUCCUCGGCCAUUUUUUCAAAAACAACCUCGGAUGUAUUUGGACGGUUUACAUUCUCAAAAAGAGGUACGUUUAAGUCCGCUGCAAGUAGAUCGCGUAGUAAUUUUAUCUAGCAGUUAAACUUUACGUCUUUACUCUUGAAAAUCUUAAUUAUGUUUGCAAUAAUACACUUCACUGGUAAUCAAUUUAAACUUAGAUCAAUUAAUACAACUCUUAAACACUAAAUUAAAUUAACGAUAAAAUUAAAAAAAAAUACGAACUACUUCAACUGAUAUACCGGCAUACAUCCGAGGUUAUUUUUGAAGAAAAUGGCCGAGGAGCUCCGAAUGGAACGUAUCUCUGAAACCCAGCGCCACAUAUCACAUAGGAAUUAUGGGAAAAGCGUGAAGUCAGAGCGCUUAAUAAUUAUCGUAUUUAAGUCUACCGACAUAAAAUCAGGGUUCAUAACCAAUUAUGUGUUGUAGCGCAUUGGCGUUUUCACUGGACUGUCAGUGGUUACUCUCAACUGUUUGUGAUUUGAAUCAGGACCCAUUCAAAUACAGUCGAACCCCGUUGGCUCGAACUCUCAGGGACCGGCGAAAAUACCUCGAGCUUCGGAAAAUUUGAGCCAAGCGGAAGCGUUAACCCUUAGUAUUAAAACGGUCAUAUAAAUCUUAUUCGAGCCGACCAGGAGUUCGAUUCAAGCGAGUUUGAGCUAACCGGGUUCGACUGUAUGAAAUAGCUUCACAAGACGCUUACCAGCCGAUUAUAUUACAUGCAAAAAGUAUCAAAAAUGGGGCUUAUAACUUAUUGUUGAUUUGGGAUAUAUAUAUAUGCUUCAAAAACUGUCCGUAUUAACAAAGCAAUACAGCGAAAUUAUUUAUAAACAAAUUACCUUAAGUUUCAGAUUUUCAAAUUAUUCAAUGAAUUUGUGAAAAAAUAACAACACAUUUUUGUUAAAUCGAGAAUGAGGCCCUAUCACUUUUUAUUAUGGUUGAUAUGUUAAUGUCGUCGCUGAUGUUGUAAAUUUGUUGUUGAUUUGUGAUAUACAUGUAAAAACUGUCCUUAUUAUCACAGCAGUGAAGUCAAAUGAUUUGCGAAAAAAGUUAUCAUUGUUUUAAAAACUGAGAAUGGGACAACUAAUUACUUAUGAUGGUUGAUAUGUAGGUGCCGUUGUUUGUGUUGUAAAAUUGUUAGCCACAGGUGGCCAGACAGGCAAUGGUUGAUGAAAAGUGAUAUAAUUAUUGUACAAGGUUGUAUCAUUGUUUUCACCAUCCAUGACCGAUACUGCCUCCUGUGGUCGUAACGCAUUUAUAAGUUGUACGUACAUGUGUUUAAUGUGAUUAUAUGUAACAAAUACUCGGUUGUGAAUAAUAAAACGGAAAUCGUCA